AUGACCCUCGACCCUCGAAACUCGAUCCUCGGCCCUCGAUCCUCGGCCGUCGACCCUUGGCCCUCGAUCCUCGGCCCUUGGCCCUUUGACCCUCGAAACUCGACCCUCGGCCUCAGCCCUCGACCCUCGGCACAUCCUCGACCCUCGGCCGAUGACCCUCGGCCCUCGACCCUUGACCCUCAAUUAUCGACCCCCGACGCCCGACCCUCAACGCUUGGAACUCGACCCUUUACCGUCGACGGCCCUAGAAGCUCGACCCAAGGUGCUUUCAAAGCUCAACACUCGAACAUCAACCCUCGACCAUCAACCUUCGACCCUCGGACCUCGGCCCUUUGCCCUCAACACUUUGCCCUCGGCCCUCGGCACACCCUCGAUGCUCGACCCUCGAAACUUGACCCUCGAUCCUCGACCCUUGAAACUCGACCCUCAGUCUUCGACCCUCAAAACUCGACCCUCGAAACUCGACCCUUGACCCUCGGCCGUCGACCCUCGACCCUCGACCCUCACUGCUCGACCCUCGGCCGAUGA